CUUCCGUUAACAUCGAACACGCGCUGCUGUCCGUGAACGUAGAUCAAAAUGGCGAACACAAAACAGGACGAAGAAAUGAACUCACUGGAAACGAGUGAAAAUAUACAAUUACAGUUAACUGAUGCUGACGGUACAACAUAUUCAUCAAUUGUUUCACAAGAUGAAAUGAACAAAAUUCAAAAUGAUCCAGUCUAUAGAACUAAUUUUUUGUUAACAUUGAAAGAAACAAAUUCUGAACAGAAACCAAAGGAGCCAUUUAAAACAAAAGAAAACAGUUUACCAAAAAUGUGGACCAAAGACGAAACUGAUGUCCUUGUAAAACUUCGUAUAGAAAAAGAACCAGCAUUUCUUACUAGAAAGGUCCAUUUUGAAGUUUGGGCUGAAAUUGCUGAAGAAAUGCGAAACGAUGGAUGGGAAGUGACAACUAAUCAAGCAAUUAACAAAUGGAAAUCAUUAAAACGAUCAUAUAUUGCUAUGGCAUCCCAGGAUGGGUUAAGUUCUAGACCAUUUGAUUAUUUUCAAGAAUUUCAUGAAAUGUAUGCUGAUACGACCCGUGUUAAGUUAGCCAAAAUAAACCAAUUCUGCAAAUCUGCUUUAAAAAAGUACAUAAAUACAUCUGCAAGUAAUAACAGUUUUGAAAAGUCUCCCGAAAAAGGUCUAGUCAUUGCUCAAAUGGAGUCAUUACAAACUAUUAAUAAUGGCGACACAUUACUUUCUGAUGGGAAUAAUUCAGAUUCAGAAGAUUCUUGCAAUUGUGUUCAUUCAUGCAAAAGAGGAUCAAGGAAACGAUUGAAUGAUUCUGAACCUAUUACCGAUUUCAUGAAAGAAUUUGUUGAAUUGCAACGAGAACAGAUUUUUCAACAUCAAGAAUUUCUUCAGAAACAAGAUGAACAGCUGUCAAGAUUUGAAAGAUUUUUGAACAGCAUGCCACAUAAAAAGAGGAAAAUUUGACAUUUGAAAAAUUGGUUAUAAAUAGAGAUGAGAUCGAAAAAAAAAAUUGUAAUAAUUGAUCAUUUUGAUCUGUGCAAGUUGUUAUUGUUGUUUAAAUAUUUAAUCUAAUAAAAUAAAAAUCUGA